CACCGCAGGCUGAGCCCCAGGCUGGAAGCCGCGCACUUGGUGGGGUUGAGGUAUGAGUCCUUCCUCGCGGGGGCUCGGUGGGUCCUGAGCAUUCUCUGGCCAGGUUUACUGAUCCGUCUGCUCCAGCAUAGGUUCACAAAGUACAGUCCGCAGGCCAGCAGCAUCAUCUGGGAACUUAACGAAAAAAACAGCCCUACUGAAUCAGAAACUGGGGAUGUGGCCCAAGCAAUCUUUUACCAAGACCUCCAGGUGAUUAUAAUGCAAGGCUCAAUGGAAUUUGUGACGGCCCUGGCUGACCUCCGAGCAGAGGCUAGCUGUCCCAUCUGUCUGGACUACUUGAAAGACCCAGUGACCAUCAGCUGUGGGCAUAACUUCUGUCUCUCCUGCAUCAUUAUGUCCUGGAAGGAUCUACAUGAUAGUUUCCCCUGCCCCUUUUGCCACUUUUGCUGUCCAGAAAGGAAAUUUAUAAGCAAUCCCCAGCUAGGUAGUUUGACUGAAAUUGCUAAGCAACUCCAGAUACGAAGCAAGAAGAGGAAGAGGCAGGAAGAGAAGCAUGUGUGUAAGAAGCAUAAUCAGGUUUUGACUUUCUUCUGUCAGAAAGAUCUAGAGCUUUUAUGUCCAAGGUGCAGUUUGUCCACUGAUCACCAGCAUCACUGUGUUUGGCCCAUAAAGAAGGCUGCCCCCUAUCAUAGGAAAAAACUGGAGGAAUACAAUGCACCGUGGAAGGAAAGAGUGGAACUAAUUGAAAAAGUCAUAACUAUGCAAACCAGAAAAUCACUGGAACUGAAGAAAAAGGUAAAACAUAGGGCAGAAGAAGUCAAGUCUGAAUUUGAGCAACUUAGGUUAUUUCUCCAAAAUGAGCAAGAGACUGUUCUUAGGCAAUUACAAGAUGAAGAGAUGGAUAUUUUAGCACAACUAAAUGAAAGCCUAACAAAAUUUUCAGAUUAUACCUCUUCAUUAAAAUAUCUAUUAAAGGAGAUAGAGAGCAUAUAUGUGAAGUCAGAACUGGAAUUACUGGCAAAUGUUAAGGAUAUCUAUCACAGAUAUAAGAAUUUAAAAUUCCCUGAACCGUUUUCAUUCAAAUUAAAAGAAUAUGGUUACCAUCUGCCUCCACAAUAUUCUGGCCUAGACAAAAUUAUCAAGCGAUUUCAAGUAGAUGUAAUUCUAGAUCCUGAAACAGCACAUCGUAAACUUAUAGUCUCAGAAGAUAGAAAAACUGUGCACUAUGGAAAUACAACACAAAAUGUACCUCAUAACCCAAGAAGAUUUUAUCUCCUCCCAGCUGUUCUGGGUUCUAAGGGAUAUAGUUGUGGCAGGCAGUACUGGGAAGUAGAAGUGAAAGACAAGCCUGAAUGGAUUCUUGGUGUCUGUAAUGACUGUCUUCCCAGAAGGAGGAAGAGUCAACCAAUUUUAGUACAGGAUGGAUUAUGGGGAAUUUGGCGAUCCAGUCAGAAUAAUUAUAUUGUAUUGGGCCAUAAGGAAAUUAUUCUGCUGCCACAAGUAAUACCUAGUAAGAUUGGCAUUUUUUUAGACUAUGAAAUGAAUGAAGUUUCCUUUUAUAAUUUGAAUGAUAGAUCUCUUCUCUAUACUUUUAAUGAUAAUUUUACAGGAGCACUUUGGCCUUAUUUUUAUACUGGAACUGACUCAAAACCCCUUAAAAUUUCUAUAGUAACAGAUUCUGAAUGAACUAUUAGAAGACUCAGUUUCUUUCACCUAGUAGACAUAAUUGAGCCAGUGAAUCUAGUUUUGGCUAUUCUGUAUUUUGUCCAGUUUUUCCCAUAAAAAGCAAUAUUUUUUAUCUCAGUUUCAGCAACUUCCAAAAAAUAUGAUUAUGGAACUUACUUUAUAUUAAAUUAUGGGGUCAGUGACAAAGUACUUUAGAAAUUCUACAGUAAAAUACUUGAAAAAUAUAUUACUGAAGAAAUGUAUUAUGUAAGAAAAUCUAUUACUUUCGUAAUUGCCAGUAAAAGCCCAAUAAUUUUUUUUCUGUAUUUCUUAUAUACUUUUCCUUUAAGAAAGAUUAAGUCUUUAUUAAAGGCAUUCAUCAUUACUCUUGGACUACCUGCUAUGUAAAUACAGCCUCUUUUUCUUUUCUUCUUUUCUUUUUCCUCUUCUCCCCUCCCCUCCCCUCCCCUUUUUUCCUGGAGUGCAAUGGCCAGGAUCUCAACUCACUCAACCUCCAUCUCCCAGGUUCAAGCAAUUCUUCAGCCUCAGCCUCCCAAGUAGCUGAGAUUACAGGUGUGUACCACCACGCCCAGCUAAUUUUUGUAUUUUUAAUAGAGGCGGGGUUUUAUCAUGUUGGUCAGGCUGGUGUCGAACUCUUGACCUCCAGUGAUUCGCCUGCCUCGGCCUCCCAAAGUGCUGGGAUUACAGGUGUGAGCCACCAUGCCCAGCCAGGUAGCUACUUUCAACCUUUUUUUUUUUUUUUAAUUAAAGUUUUUAUUUUUCUAUUUUGCCCAGCGUGGUGUUGAACUUGUGGCCUCAAGCAAUUCUCCUGCCUUAGCCUCCCAAAGCACUGGGGUUACAGGCAUGAACCACCAUGCCCAGUGCCACUUUCACCUUUCAUCUGUCUAUCUCCAUAUUUCUAAGUAACUUACUUUAUUUUUUAUUGUGUGUGCCUUUGUCAGUAUUGCCUUAGUCCUAUAGAAAAUGAGAUGGCACUCUUACAUCCUCCUCUGCCACACACACACAUACUGUACACACACAACCGG